GGAGCGCGGGGGUUGCCCUUUGGCUCGCGGCUGCACGCGCGGCUCCUGCUGCUCCCGGGACAGGCAGGCAGCUUCCCUUCCCGUGCCGUUCCCGGCUGCAGCCUUCUCUUCCCCGUCCCUCCCUCUCCUCCUCCUCCUGCUGUUCUCCGGGUCGUCCCUCCUGGCAGCCCUUUGCUGUCCUCUUCUUCCUCUCCCCCCCACUUUCCUCCCUCCAUCCCAGGUCUUUUAAUCUCCUUUCCCCGACGUCCCUCCCUCCCCAUGCUUCUCUCCCCCUACUAGAGAGACUCCGCUUCCACCGCCUUGCCUUUCCUCCUCCGCCCCUCAUUGUCUUCUGCAGCCUAUUGCCCAAUUUCCAAAGCUGGGGAAAACUCGCUAUGGGCGAGGACAAGGCAGUCCUAGCGGCUCUCCUGCUCCUUUCCAGCACUAGCUAGAAGAAGCGGGGUUUUUCGGGUUCGGCCAGGGAGGGUGAGCUGCGCGGCGGCAACCUCUUCUUGCAGCAGCAGCAGCAGCGGCGGUAUCCGUCCCUCUGGUGAUCCGCCAGGCGUCGCGUUGUCUUGGGGCGCUCGGCCCGUGGAGCCCGAUGUGCGACUUGCUCGACUCGCAGCAGCCGGCCGAGAAACUUAGCAGAAUGAAAAAGUUACGGCGAACUUUGUCGGAGAGUUUCGGCAGACUAGCCUUGAAGAAAGAUGAUAAUGGCUUUGAUGAGAUAUGCGUCACAAAGAUGUCCACACGGAAUUGUCAAGGAAUGGAUUCUGUGAUCAAACCCUUGGACACAAUUCCAGAAGACAAAAAAGUCAGAGUUCAGAGGACACAAAGCACUUUUGACCCAUUUGAGAAGCCAAAUAACCAAGUAAAAAGGGUGCAUUCAGAGAACAACGCCUGCAUUAAUUUCAAAUCUUCAUCAGCUGAGAAGGAAUCUCCUAAAAUCAGACGGCAUUCCAGUCCUAGUUCUCCAACAAGUCCCAAAUUUGGAAAAGCUGAUUCUUAUGAAAAACUGGAAAAACUGGGUGAAGGUUCAUAUGCUACAGUGUACAAAGGGAAAAGCAAAGUAAAUGGAAAGUUAGUAGCACUGAAAGUAAUAAGACUUCAGGAAGAAGAAGGUACUCCAUUUACAGCUAUCAGAGAAGCGUCUCUCCUGAAAGGUCUAAAACAUGCUAAUAUUGUGCUGCUUCAUGAUAUCAUCCAUACAAAGGAGACACUGACCCUGGUAUUUGAGUUUGUGCAUACAGAUUUAUGUCAGUACAUGGACAAACAUCCUGGAGGACUUCAUCCAGACAAUGUGAAGUUAUUUUUAUUUCAAUUGCUGCGAGGACUUUCGUACAUCCACCAACGUUACAUUUUGCACAGGGAUCUGAAACCCCAAAAUCUUCUGAUCAGUGACACUGGGGAGUUGAAACUGGCAGAUUUUGGUCUGGCAAGAGCUAAAUCUGUCCCUAGUCACACAUACUCUAAUGAAGUAGUAACCCUUUGGUAUCGACCUCCAGAUGUUCUCUUAGGCUCAACAGAAUAUUCCACUUGCCUCGAUAUGUGGGGAGUUGGUUGCAUUUUUGUGGAAAUGAUUCAAGGAGUUGCUGCUUUUCCAGGAAUGAAAGAUAUUCAAGAUCAGCUUGAAAGAAUUUUUCUGGUUCUGGGAACUCCAAAUGAAGAAUCAUGGCCUGGAGUUGACACUCUACCACAUUUCAAGCCAGAUCGCUUUACACAGUACAGUGCUAAAAAUCUUAGACAAGCCUGGAAUAAAUUAAGCUACGUGGAUCAUGCAGAAGAUCUGGCUUCAAAAUUACUCCAGUGUUUCCCCAAAAACAGAUUGUCAGCACAGGCAGCUUUGAGCCAUGAGUACUUUAGUGAUCUUCCUCCCCGGCUAUGGGAUCUAACUGAUAUGUCAUCUAUUUUUUCUGUACCGAAUGUAAGACUACAAGUGGAAGCUGGAGAAAGCACAAAAGCUUUUGGGAAAAACAUUUAUGGCAAAGGUCAAUCACAUGUAAAACACUGAAGAGAAUUUUGAUUUCCUACAAAUAAUUGAGGAAUUAAGAUCACCAGACUAGAGAAGAAGAAAAACAAGAUAUAGUCAACAUUAUAAAGGCACUAUUAUCCGCUUCCUUUCUUGGAUUUCAAUCAAAAGAAAAAUUAUGCUGACAAGAUCUGGUUCCCCACUCCUUCUCAGUUUAUUUAAAGUACUGCACGUAUUUCGAUACAUUGUGAUUUGAGAGACAUUUGUGAAGAUUAAGCUAUUUGCUUUAUUGAUGUGUGGCAUAAUUGGCUUUUUUCCCCUCAGUCUUUUGUGUUUGAUUUUAUUGCUUUUUCUUCGCUGCAGUAUAAAUACUUUUGUGAAAAUAUUUAAGUUUCACCAGCAAUGUCUUAAAUAUAGUAAGGCAACACCUUUGGUGUUCAUAACUUCCUUUAUAUUAUCUGUAGCUAAAAGGCAGACAUGGCAUGAAACAAUGUAUGUAUUCAUUGGGAAGUUCCACUCAUUUCACAUUCAUCAAAAUUUAUAAACUGAAACAGAUUACAGGUUGGUUGUGACAGUCAGUGUCUUAUAACUUUGCUCAUUUUUUUACUGCUAGUAAACGUAAUAUUCUUUAAUUUAACUAUGGCAAUAAAUGCAUCUUAGCUAGAACUUGGGUACUCUGCUUAUGUUGAAUAAAGUGGCAUAAAUGGAUUUAUAUAUAUAUAUAUAUAUAUAUAUAUAUAUAUAUAUAUAUAUAUAUAUAUAUAUAUAUAUAUAUAUAUAUAUAUAUAUAUAUAUAUACACACACACACACACACACAUAUAUAUAUAAAUUUUCAGAUACUUUAAACCCUUGUGAGAAAAGGGGCUUAUUGUUCUACUGUUUUUGUGAUUAUAGUUCAACUUGUUCAUAUGUCUUGCUUCAACAAUAUUUUCUAAGAAGGAAACUAGAAAAAAUGAAGGUAAAAAUGAGUUUACAUUUGGAAAAGCACUAUGACAGUGCUGAGUGACACUAUGACUAGUUGCUGAAUGAGCCAUUAAAAAUAUUAGCCUUGAAUAUCUAUCCAAAUUCAAAAUACUUUCUUUUUAUAACCAAAGGACUCUUCAAGUUAUUUUUCUAAGAUAUUAAGAUGGUAGGGAGAAAAGCACUAUAUUAUGCAUCUUCAUACAGCUGAUUUUCCUGUGUAAUUUGCAAAUCGUUAAUAAGGGAUUACUAUUCUCCCUGCCUUAAAAGAAGGUGGAAGGGAAAUGGAACUAAUGACAGCAGUAGUUGGAAUGCCUUCUACAUACCACCCCUAACAUGACUAGUACAAUGUUAUUAUAGAUGGGGGAAAAUAAAUUCCCCUGAAAUAAAAGAAAAUUACAUUAUUCCAAAGUAUAACAGAUAUUUAAGAAAUUCAUUCAUUCAUUCAUCCAUUCAUUCAUAUGAAUUCGAUUAUGGCAUCUUAAUGCUUUUAUAAAUAAAAGCUGGAAAACAGGGAUACGUUUUAUAGUUUGCAUUUGCUUUGUAAACUGAAAGCAUCUUAUUACUGGGAUCUAGCGAAUACUUGAUUUUGCAAAAUAAUAAUUUUUAAUGCAAAGGAACUUUUGUCAGUAUGGUUUUAUUAUUAACUAUUCCCAACAAUUAUAUAUAAAUUAAAAUAAAUUUUCUGUCCUGCCUGAAUCAGCUUUGCCACCUUUAUUUAAAACUUUAUAUCCAUGGAAACAAUAACCACAAAAUCCAAUGAAACAUUUUGAACUUAAAAAAAAUGCCUUAAUCUUUAUUUUGUUUUCAAAUUUGGUCAUAUAUUCACUUGGCUAUUUCAAGGUGACCUGUCUAAAACAAUCUCAGCACUAUAAAAAAAAUGGAAUAGGAAAGAAAAUUUGAGAAUUAAACAAAACUAUCAAAUGAAGAUAGAUUUCUGUAAAUUUCUGUAAUAGCUUAAAGAACAAUGGAAACCAUUUCUCUUCAUGUUAAAACAUAUGAUGGUUUCAUAUAAAAAGUAACUCACUGAUUUAUUUUCUUCAAUAGGCUAAAUGCUUAGCACCUUAUUAUUCACAAUAAAUCAAAUGUUUUGGAUCUAUGCUUAGAUUUUCUGAGAUUCUUUCAAAAAUAGUUGAUGACGCCCUUGAACAUAUUGGCCAAUGACAUUAAAGAGCUGCGGUGGCUCAAUGGUUAGCAGGCAGUACUGCAGGCUACUUCUCCUGACUGCUGGUUGCUGCAAUUUGGCAGUUCAAAUCUCACCAGGCUCAAGGUUGACUCAGCCUUCUAUCCUUCUGAGGUUGGUAAAAUGAGGACCCAGAUUGUUGGGGGCAAUAUGCUGACUUUGUAAACCACUUAGAGAGGGCUGUAAAGCACUGUGAAGUGGUAUAUAAAUCUAAAUGCUAUUGCUAUUGCUAUCAGCUCUUACGGAUUGAAAAUAAUUAAUGAAUUUCAUUUCUAAUAUAAGUUCUUGAUUUAAAAGGAUUGGAGGGGGUGGUUAGAAUUGGGAGGCUGGAAGUCCAUCUCUUAGAGUAGAUUAAUUUGUAAUUCAAUUUCUACUCUUAAUUAACCAAUUUUUUUUGUGGGAGCAGCUGUUUAAGCUACAAAUCUGUGUACUUUGGAAUGGGCCUCGAUAUCCAACCAAGAAACGUAUGAAAAACAAAAAGAGGAAUCAUUGGUGGCUCUUUUUGCAAUCUUCCCCGAAGCACAAUGACAACCCUUAGAAGUUAGCACAACUAAAGCAAUCUACAGAAAAUAAAUCACAAUUUAUUUGAGGUGAUUUUUUCAAAACUCAACAGAAGGCAAGAUUUUGGAAUAAUAAUACAUGGAAGAUGAUAUGUAUAAAACACAUUCAAAUUUAGAAUCCAUACAUUUUUCAGUAUCAGAUCUAUUUUAUUUGCCCCUGUUCUUUUCUAUAGAAUCCAUAUUGAAUCCAGUGUUAUUGUCUUUAGUAUCAGUCCACAUUUAUACACUAAAAAGAAAAUGAUGCACUAGCAAAGUACCCUGUAUUUUGUUUCUUAAAGUUACUGUAUGAUUUUCCUUAAGGUACUAAAAUUGUGGGAGAUCAUCAAUUACUUGAAGUGGAUAAAUAUCAGUUAGCUAGGUUUUAUUAUAGUUCUAAUUUUAGUGAUAGUGGUGAAGAAUUAUCACUGGAAUGUAAAUAAAAGUAUGUACCUACCAUAUAAUGCAAUCUCCAACAUUGUGCAGUGCAAUCAUGAAACUGCGUUGGGGAGUGGGAGAAAUCAGUGUUCUUAUCUCUUCCAAUUUAUGAUUUGGCAAAUAGUAAUUAUGCAAUUUUAUUUUCACCUCUGUUCUCUUUUAGCGCAUGAUAGAAACUUGCACAAGUUUUAUCCUAAAGUACCUUCCAGGUUAUGCUCAAAAUAUGGAUACCUCUUUCAUCCUGCCCUACAUAGCCAUUUCAUCACUCUGAUUCCUUUGCAGAUCAGUUUAGGCCCGUGAUGACAAACCUAUGGCAUGUGUGCCAGAGGUGGCAUGCAGAGCCCUCUCUGCUGGCACACGUGCUGUUGCCCCAGGUUUGAUCUCUGUGGUGUUUCUUUCGUGAGCUUCUGUUUCCCUGCAAACGAGGAAACAGAAGCUCACAAAAGAAGAUCUUAUCUCUUGCCGCGCUGCCGGUGUUGGGAUGCCCCGCCUUCCGCCAGCCAGCUGGUCUUUGGUUUUCUGCUGUGCAUGCGCACGUGCAUGUCCGCACAUGUGCUUGUGCAUGUGCACAAUUGCACACUCAUACACCUUUCAGUUUGGGUAUGCACAUGCACAGUUUGGGCAUUCGGUGGAUAAAAGGUUCGCCAUUACUGGUUUAGGCAAAAUCAUGUAACUCUUAUGUUGGAGAUAAAGGCAAUUCUGAAUGGUUCUGAACAAUGCAUAACAAGGGAUUUUAUAUUUUGCAGCUACUUCCACUGUGAUUCUGCAUGGAUUUUGCAUCUAACGCUUGUGCUUUUGACUACAAUAGGAAUGGAUUCUAACUCUAAAAGAUCCUGCCAUAUCAUUUGUACUUCCUGUUUUCUCUGAUUAUGUAAUGCUUAUGACAACUCUGAGCUUUCAGAAUUUCAAUAAAGCCAAAACCUAAUGCAGUUUCUAUCCCUUUUCAGGUACUUCAAAUUCAAGAUUGCAUAUUUUUAAUUUUCCAUGUAUGUGUUAAUUGUGAUCUGGUAUAUAUGUUACUGAGGGACGCGGUGGCUCGGGCUAUGACGUUGAGCUUGUCGGUCGAAAGGUCGCCAGCUCGGCAGUUCGAAUCCCUAGUGCUGCCGUGCAACGGGGUGAGCUCCCAUUACUUGUCCCAGCUUCUGCCAACCUAGCAGUUUCAAAAGCACGUAAAAAUGCAAGUAGAAAAAAUAGGGACCACCUUUGGUGGGAAGGUAACAGCGUUCCAUGCGCCUUUGGGGUUGAGUCAUGCUGGCCACAUGACCACGGAGAUGUCUUCGGACAGCGCUGGCUCUUCGGCUUUGAAACGGAGAUGAGCACCGCCCCCUAGAGUCAGCAACGACUAGCAUGUAUGUGCGAGGCAAACCUUUACCUUUACCUAUAUAUGUUACUGAAAUAAUGUUCCCAUAAUUGGGUUCCCUAUUUUUCUAAUAAGACUUCAAUGAUUAAUUGGAUGGAGACUUAGCCCAUUUGUAAAUACCACCUAUGAAGUCCAACCAUUCCACAUAAUAGUUUGAAGUGCUGUUGGAAUGGCUAGGAAAUUAGUAGUGGAAUAUGGAAGCAUGGAAAAAAACAACCAUGCAGCAUUGGACUUCUGUGAUUGGUAUUAGAAGAAAAAAUGCUUUUCAAUUACAUCCAAUUCUUUUAAUUAAACUCCUCCUUAUUUUAGAAAGCUUCUCAAUGAGAAGAGAGGGAAUACUUUUGAAACCUAAGAAGAGAAAAUGAACACCUCAUAAUGAAAGAUAAGAGGAACUCCAGUAUUUGAAGAAUGUAGAAAUAGCGAUAGAAAAUUGGUCUACAGGGUUUUUGUUACCAAUGUUACAUUGGAAAAUUGGUUCAAUAGGAUUCCCAUUUGAACAGCUCAAAUAUGCAGAGCACCUGGGUCAUUGCAAAUAAUGUGUGCUUUGUCUCUUAGGAAUAAGGUUAAACAAGCACAGGAAAUAUAUAACAAUGGUUGGGGAGGCUUUGGACCCGUCUUGCUUUCAAUGUGAAUGACCUUUGAAUAGACAUUUCCAAUUUUUUUGAUUAAUUAAAGAGAAGUGUUGCGCUUCUCAACAGUGAAGGCAAUGUGAUCUUUUGAAUGUGUGCAAACCCAUGCACAUAAAUGUAUGGUGAAUAUAGAGUAUGUAUUUCCCAAAAAUAUAUUAUUAUUGUUUUUCUAAAGUAAUAGAAUAAAUGACAUUUGGACUGUACAGAUUCAUGUGGAAUAUGGAGACCAUAUAAAUAGAAUUACAUUCCAUUCUUCACCAAAUCAUGACACAAAUCUUUCUCUCUUUUUUUUGACCAAAAGGUAUAGAGGCACUUAUCUAUGUUAUUGCCUUGCAAUAUUUUUUAAAGCAAAAAUUGAAAGAUUGCAUUAAGAUAUUCCCUAAAUGUGGUCUCAGAACAUGCAGUUCUGCAGCGCUACCUACAAAAUUUCCCUAGUUGGGAUUCUUUAUACAAGGCACAAAAAGAUGCUCUUUUUAACAGGGAUUUGUUAAUCAAACAAUAUUAAUAUUAAGUAUGUAUACAUAAUAUAGCCACAUGCUUUAAUGACAGCUUAGUCAGCAGUAUGGUUAAGUAAAUGUUACAUUGUAUUCAAUGUGUAAUUUGUCUUACUAUAAACAAUGUAUGGUUUGUCAAGUGUCAAUUGUUUUCAUUUAAUAUGAUAUUUAAUAAAGUGUAACAGGA